GUGUUUCUCAGCUCAAGGCAAGACGUUCAUUUUUUUCCUCCAUUAAAUGAGCGCCAUGAGCUUCCCAAUGAGAAGCCAUUCACAAAGAUUUUAUCAACCUGUGCCUAUGACGGCACAAGGAACUCGGUUUCAGUUUCAGCCCUACGUGGCACCUUCAGGAAAUUCUGGUCUCACCCAACUUGGUCUACAAUGUGACCCUUAUGGACAGGUCCUGAAUAUGCCUAUAAAUCAGCCUGGCAUUAAUGCCAAUGGCUAUUACUAUGGCUACUAUGGUACUCAACCAUGGAUGUAUUUCGCACAGCAACCAGCUGCCCAACAAACAAAUGCCUGGCCCUACAAACCAAUGUCAGCAUGCCAGUUACCUCAGCAUUAUGCACAGCCAACUGUUUAUUACCAGGCUAACACUGUGCAACAAGCUCCAGCACCCAUCCUCUCUUUUCCCAAUCAUCACCAACAUGGCCUACCCAGCAGUUACCCAAGAGCAAACAAAAUUCCAGGAAACCAACAAAUACUCCAAGACAUCUAUGGGAGGAAUAUAGCAUAUCAGUCCUCGGCAAACACUCUGCAGGAGCCUAUCACUUUAACAUAUGUGGGAACAGUAAAUCUACCAGCGUCGGCUCUGUCUACACCACAUAUCAAGCAGAAGGCACAGCCUCUGUUAGGUGAGCAUCUGCCAGCGAAGAAACCUAAAGUCAUUCUGAAGGAGGGAGAAGGUCAGGGUGCUCCUAUAGAUAAAAUUAACAAAGGCUUGAAAGAUCACAGCCUCUCGUCAAACCCACAACAAUCACAUGCUUCUUUUGUUAAACUUACAGAAGGUUCCACUACGAGUGCUGGAAAAGCCUUGACCGAGCCCAUUCCAUCCAAUGGAAUUAUGCCUGAAGUGGCCAGUUUUCAUUCCCCUGUCAUCCCUUCUGUGAGGAAUGAGAGCAAGGAGCAAGUGAAAAGCUCCAAAUCUGGAGCUCCACCGAAGAGCGAGGCUCAAGACAUCAAGUCUUUAAUGUCCACGGAGAAGGGGAGGGAGGAGGCCGGCGGUGGUGAGGGGUUUGCAGCUCCCCAGAAGAACGCAACACUUCUGGCCUUAACCGAUGAUGCGAAAAAGUUUAACCAGGCCCUCGACCGCAAGCAUCUGAAAAGGAAGUCUGAGCACAUCACGAUCAAGGAAGCACUUGCCCUGGUUGACGUCCACAUCCAGGAAGAGCUGGAGAAGAAGCGCAAAGCAAGUGCAACAGCUGAUUCAGAACCCCCUUUGUGCAAGAAACCCAAACAUCCGGAGCUCCUCCUCCCUGAUGACCUACUUGAGAAGCUGUUUUCCAUCCCUGGAGUCUUAGAGCUGGCUGUCGAAAUGGGACACUUGCAGGAUGUAAACAGCUAUGACUUCAUUGACCCUCCAUCUUCUGCCGGCUUUGGCUCAGUGAACGGGUCUCAAAAGAAGAGAAGUGGCCUGGAAGUUGACAAAAACUAUUAGAAACGGUUAUUACACACGAGGCUUUUCCAGCUGUGCCAGCUACCUGAAUGAUAGAGUGACUGCCUUUCCAGGGAUACAAAUGAAGGCUGUGAAGCAGAGGAAAUGUGAUUUAAAAAUUUUAGUCUGUGACCAAACAUUUAUGUGAGGUAUUUUAUAAUAUUUCUGUUAUUUCACUUGCUUAUUUUACAAUUUAACAGUAAGUUAGUUUUUAUUAUUAUAUAAAAAACUUUCUUUACAAAGGUUAAUUGAUAAAAUUUUAGUCUGUGACCAGACAUUUAUGUUAGACAUUUUAUAUUAUUUCUGUUAUUUCACUUGCUUAUUUUACAGUUUAAGAGUAAGUCAGUUUUUAUUAUUAUAUAAAAAACUUUCUUUACAAAGGUUAAUUGAUAAGCCAACGUUUUUCCUGUCUUU